UUCCAGACACCAUGGUGACGGAGCAGGAGCUGGAGGCCAUCGGGCGCGUGCUGGUGGACCCCCAGCAACCGCUGCAGGCCCGCUUCCGGGCGCUGUUCACACUGCGCGGGCUCGGGGGCCCCUCCGCCAUCGGCUGGAUCAGCCGGGCCUUCGAGGACGACUCCGAGCUGCUCAAGCACGAGCUGGCCUACUGCCUGGGCCAGAUGCAGGACGUGCGCGCCAUCCCCGUGCUGCUCGACGUGCUGCGCGACACCCGCCAGGAGCCCAUCGUGCGCCACGAGGCAGGAGAGGCGCUGGGGGCCAUUGGGAACCCAGAAGUUCUGGACAUUCUGAAGGAGUACUCCACUGACCCUGUGAUCGAGGUGGCUGAAACGUGCCAGCUGGCCGUCCGGCGGCUGGAGUGGCUGCAGCAGCACAGGGGGGAGCCAGCAGAGGGCCCCUACCUCUCGGUGGACCCGGCCCCACCAGCCGAGGAGCAGGACGUGGGGCGGCUGCGGGAGGCGCUCCUGGACGAGGCCCGGCCACUCUUCGAUCGCUAUCGCGCCAUGUUCGCCCUGCGCAAUGUGGGCGGCGAGGAGGCAGCCCUGGCGCUGGCCGAGGGUCUGCGCUGCGGCAGCGCGCUCUUCCGCCACGAGGUGGGCUACGUCCUGGGCCAGCUGCAGCACGAGGCGGCGGUGCCCCAGCUGACGGCCACGCUGGCCCGCAGCACCGAGAGCCCCAUGGUGCGACACGAGUGCGCCGAGGCCCUGGGCGCCAUCGCUCAUCCCACCUGCCUGGCCGCGCUGCGCGCUCACGUCGAGGACCCUGAGCGCGUGGUGCGCGAGAGCUGCGAGGUGGCCCUGGACAUGUACGAGCACGAGCUUGCGGAGGCCUUCCAGUACGCCGACGGGCUGGAGCGCCUGCGCCCCUGCUAGGCCCCCUGCCAGGCAGCCCCCC